UCCGCUGGUUUUGGGUUUUAGGUCAUGCGCCUUGUUGACUUGCGUCGCGGCGCCUAGAUCGAGCCGGUCGAAAUCCCAGGAUGAGCAGCCAUGGAUCGGCAGGAGCUGGCAGUAAAUCCUCCAAGCGCCCACCGGCUGCGAAGAAGAAGCCAAUCUCGGAGAAUGGGAGCCUUCGGAAGACGAAAUCCUCCGGAGGCGAGAGAACCGUCAAGAAGCUGAGGCUUUCCAAAGCCCUGACUAUUCCCGAUGGAACCACUGUAGCCGAUGCUUGCCGGCGGAUGGUCACCAGGCGAGUGGAUGCUGCGUUGCUCACGGAUUCCACUGCAAUGCUUUGCGGGAUUAUCACGGACAAAGAUGUAGCCACUAGAGUGAUAGCUGAGAACCUUAGGCCCGAUGAAACACUGGUUUCGAAAGUCAUGACUAAAAAUCCCGUCUUUGUCAUGAGCGACGCGCUUGCUGUGGACGCUUUGCAAAAGAUGGUCCAAGGGAAAUUUAGACACCUUCCAGUCGUGGAGAAUGGCGAAGUCAUUGCACUGCUGGAUAUAACAAAAUGCUUGUAUGAUGCGAUUGCGAGAAUGGAGAAAGCAGCAGAGAAAGGAAAUGCGAUAGCUGCGGCUGUCCAGGACGUUGAACGACAGUGGGGAAACACGCUCAAUAGCUCUUCAACUUUCAUAGAUACACUGCGCGAAAGAAUGUUUCGGCCAACGUUGUCAACGCUGAUUAACGAGAACACGAAAGUAGCUACUGUGUCUCCUUCCGACACCGUGUUGACAGCAACUAGAAAGAUGCGCGAGUUUCGCGUGAACUCUGUAAUCAUCACGAUCAACAAUAAGCCGCAGGGGAUCUUGACCUCGAAGGAUGUUCUCAUGCGUGUUGUUGCGUCAAAUCUUGCUCCCGAUUCGACCACAGUCGAUAAGGUCAUGACUCCAAAUCCUGAAUGCGUUACACUGGAAACAACCAUUGUAGAUGCACUCCAUACCAUGCACGACGGGAAGUUUCUUCACCUUCCAGUGGUAGAUCAGGAAAACUGCAUUGUUGCAUGCCUCGAUGUGCUUCAACUUACUCACGGUGCUGUGGCUACGGUUGGAAACGUUGGAGGUGGCACACCAAGUGAAACCGGAAGCACAAUGAUGCAAAAGUUUUGGGAUUCGGCAUUCGCGCUGGACGCACCAGAAGACGACGACGACACGCAAAGUAAUCUAUCUGCAACGCUUACGUCGGAAGCAUUCCACACCGAAGUUGGAAGGCUGGGAUAUCCAUCCGGUGGACCCGGUAACGUCUUUGGCUUUAAACUUAAGGACAGGAACGGGCGGGUCCAUAGAUUCAACUGCGGUACGGAGAGCCUUACGGAGCUUGUAUCUGCGGUAGUCCAACGUCUUGGAGAUGAUAUAGAUCGGAACAAGCCUCCUCAAAUCCUGUACGAGGACGAUGAACGGGAUCGGGUGCUUCUGUCUAGCGACGGCGACCUUGUUGCGGCUGUCAAUUUUGCGAAGGCAACUGGCUUGAAGGGUCUCAAGCUUCACGUAGACUACCCAGACGAACGGGCGAACGCUACUACUCCAAGGAACUUGGAACGGAUUCUCGAGGGAAGUCCAUCGCAACAAAUGAAGCUAGAAACUGUAUGGAGUGGAAAUCACACAGCAACAGCGGCAAUAUUAGCUUGCUCGGCCGCUGUUGUUGGUGUCGGCCUUAUCGUCUACUUGAGAAGAUCAUCAUAAACUUAAAGAAGAACAAAAGGAAAAAAAAAAACAAGGAAAAUGAAAGAUUUUCCAAUGGCAGCAUAGAACUCUGCUUAAAACUCAAACAAAACUAAAUGGAGCGAAAGAAUAAGUUUGUUUC